CGUCUCGUAGCCAGAUUACAUGCAGUGGCUUGAACGCUUGCACGUGGCUGGUUCGGAAGACCUUCACGGGCUCGGAAUGAUGGGAUGGCGGGAGAUGGUGUACUGUACUUAGCACAGGGUUCCGACCGACUCCGUUUCGGGGCAUUUUCACAUCAUGCCAGGCCCUACCUCUUUUGGUCACAAGGUAGCUUCCCAGCUACCCUCAAACAUCUCGAACAACGACAAUCGCUGCAGAGGACUGAAGUUAUCGUCGGUUCUUAAUUACAGUACACAGUUGACAACGCACCCUGGUCAUCCAGGAUUGAAAAUAAAGUCAAUCAACAGUGACGAGCAUACACACUAUCUAGAACCAUAUGACGUCAAACCUUGGAUACGAGAACGAAACCAUGACCUUCAUCUAGAGGAAGAUCCCAUCCAGCGCAACGUCCCCCGCUGUCACUGUCAACGGGUCCCGGAGUUGUCGCCUACCGUGAUUCGAUCGGUAUCAGUAAUCCCAUCGUGCGCCUCUCGCAUGCCGGAGAAAACGCGUAAAACACCGGGCUGUGCAAAAGGCGCUCGACGCUCCGGCGCACGUCAUUCGUGCCCCUCACCCACCGGAUCCCACCAACCCACAUUGCCACUAUUCGGCCAACAGCGUUACUUACAGCCUGCCAGAGCGGAGUUGCGCGACAUACGACAAGGUUCCGAGAUGCGACUUCUUUUGCUGUUCUUUUCUUUUCCCGUCCCGUUUGCAGUGCAGAUCAAAGUCUGUAACUUCAUUCUUCUGGGUUAGGUAAAGUCUGCCAAGUUCUGCGGAGACAUCUCCGUGUCACCCUUAUAAGGAAACGACUACUCUUUCUGCUUUGGUAUACGGAUGCAAGUGGU